CCCGGCCGAAGGAGUCCCAGGCCACUAAGAGCCCGAGACCAAUAAGAACUCCAGAGGGGAAAGAUGGGUCAUUUCCUCUUUGGCUAUCAGCACCCUCCCUUGAAGCUUUAAAAACCACAGCCCUUAGGCAGGAGGGACCUUUGAUCAGCAGAGAACCGGCGAACCCGGGAGAGACCUGAAGAUGGACUCCAUGGAGAACAGCACCUUCUAUUACGAUUAUAACAUCUCGGACCUAGACCCCAACGUGCUGGUGGAUGACUCUUCCAAAACCCUCAGGCUGCACACUCCGGAUGUGAUCGCCCUGGUCAUCUUUGCGGUUGUCUUCCUGGUGGGAGUUCCAGGCAAUGCCCUGGUGGUCUGGGUGACUGGGUCCGAGGCCAGGCGAACCGUCAAUGCCAUCUGGUUUCUCAACCUGGCUGUGGCCGACCUCCUCUCCUGCCUGGCACUGCCCAUCUUGUUUACAUCCAUCAUCCAGCACAACCACUGGCCCUUCGGGAAAGCCGCUUGCCGAAUCCUGCCCUCACUCAUCCUGCUCAACAUGUACUCCAGCAUCUUGCUUCUGACCACCAUCAGUGCUGACCGCUUCCUUCUGGUGUUUAAUCCUGUCUGGUGCCAGAACUACCGCGGGUCCUUCCUGGCCUGGGUGGCCUGCAGUGUGGCCUGGAUCUUGGCUCUGCUUCUGACCAUCCCCUCCUUCUUAUUUCGUGGGAUGCACAUAGAGCCCUUUCCAUUCAAGAUAAUGUGUAUUGUCGACUAUGGCAAGGAUGGUUUGUAUGUAGAGAGGGUUGUGGCCAUCUUCCGGUUUGUCGUGGGUUUCCUGUGGCCACUGGUCACACUCUCAAUCUGUUAUAGUUUCCUCCUGGUCCGGGCUUGGAGCCGCAGUGCCACCCGCUCCACCAAGACGCUCAAGGUGGUGGUGGCCGUGGUGACCAGCUUCUUUGUCUUCUGGCUGCCCUACCAGGUGACAGGGUUGAUGCUGGCCUUGUUCAAACGGCACUUGGACAGCUACAAGCUCGUGUCCAGUUUGGAUGCCCUGUGCGUCUCUCUAGCUUACAUCAACUGUUGCAUUAACCCCAUCAUCUACGUGUUCGCCGCCCAAGGCUUCCACGCCCGGUUUCUCAAGACUCUCCCCUCCAGACUCCGGAAUGUGUUGACCGAAGAGUCCGUGCACAGGGAUAGCAAGUCCGUCACCCUCUCCACAGUGGACACCCCAGCCCUGAAGAGCCAGACGGUGUGAGGGGAGGCCUCCCAGGCCACUAUAUUCCCGGCGCUCCACCAGACUUCCUAUCCAUUCGCUUUCUGCUUAUUUGAACUCAGCCCUUGGCAAGGUGGUGUUGUCUGAGUGAAUUCUCCUUCAUCCUUCCAUCUUUCCCCAACUCGUCCCUCCUCUCCAGGCAAACUCUUCCCAUCAUUCCUCAUUUCCAAGAUAAACACUUCCUUCCAAGGACACUCAGCCUUUCUUUCCAUCCAAGGACUUUGGAAAACAAACAGAAACCAGUCUACCUGGAGCCCUCCCAUCAAGCAAUACGUUUGUGUGCGGAGACAGUGACAAGAAUACGUCAGCUACACGGAAGGCAGACAAACAGAAACAUUCUAACCUUAAAAAAAACAUCGUUCUGUAUUUAUUUUAUAGAGAGUUGGGAAAAAAAUUUUAACUGGCAUCUCAAAAGAUAUUCUCAUUUAGGGUAAAGCGAAAAUAUUCAGUUUUUGAAAGUGAGUUGAUUUAAAGGAAAACAAUAAGUUAAUAUGUUACCUAACUAGGUUUUUUUUUAUUAAAGUAUUAAGUAAAAAGAUGCGAUGUGGUUAUGGCAAAAAGCAGGCAGUGAGGAAAUCACCUGGGGUUGGGAAACGCUGGUUGGGAACCUCCAGGGUGGAGGUGUCACAGGGGAAUUUGCUGUUUUACUUUCUCAGUUGCUGCUUUGUUUGCACUUGAAAAAAUGAAAUGUUUUCUUUUGAUUUCAUUUAGAGUCUUUUUUUAAAACUUUGUUUUUAUUGCGUUAUAGUCAUUUUACAAUGCUGUGUCAUUCAGAGUCUUAUGCAGUUGUAAGUAAUAAUACAGAGGGAUCCUGUGUACCUUUGACCUGCUUCCUGUACUAGCAACAUCUUACAAAACGAUGUUACGAUAUCACAGCUGAGAUGUUGACAUGAAUAUGGCCGCAGGGCAGGACGUUUUCAUCACUGCCAAGAUCCCUCGUGACACCCUUUUCUAGCCACACCCACUUCCUUCCACCCUCCCCAGUUUUAUCUCGAACCCCUGGGGGCCACAAACGAGGCUGCUCUCCAUCUCUGUGCUUUGGUCCUUUCAAAAAUGUUAUAUCAAUGGACUUAUACAGUGUGUAAUCUUUGGACUUUUA